GGAAAAUAAGCUGAUUUCGAUUAUCCUUAAACUAUAUAAAAAUGGGAUCCACUCCUAGUUUACCUGUCUGUGAUCCCCGGACAAGUUUUCUCCACGGUGUUUCCCCUUCCAUUCUGUGAGUUAGUCUGUUGUAGCAGUCUUGUAUUUCAGCUAAAGAAUGUACAUUAACUCUUAUAUUAAAGCAGAACAUAAAAGGACAUAAAGGAAUUGUAAUACCAAAACAGUACAAAUGAGCUUUUAAAUGCCCAGUGUAUACAGAAGCGCCUAGUACGUUGAGGGACCACCCAGGUGUUCUGUUUUUCAGCAGUAAUGAAGUUGAUUCCUUUCAGAGUUUGUAGAAAUGUCGUUAAUUCUCUUAACUCCUUUGUGGUGCUCAACUAGUCUAGUUUUUUUCCUCAUCAGUUCCUUUUGGCGUUUGCUAAUAUCACCAAAAGCGCUUGCUCAUGAAGUUGCAUAUUUGUGGCCCUGAAACACUGCAGAUAAUUAAACUACCAGAAUCCUAGAGGCCUGGUUUUGGUGCUUCGAAGUCUCAUUGACUCUUCCCUCAGGUUGACCCUCCACUCUGUUCCUGUAUACAAGAGAGAUUAAAAGAUGAAACGAGGAGGAAGAGAUAGUGACCAUAGCUCAUCUGAAGAGGGUACUGCAGAGAAAUCAAAGAAACUGAGGACUACAAAUGAGCAUUCUCAGACAUGUGACUGGGGUAAUCUCCUUCAAGACAUUAUUCUCCAAGUAUUUAAAUAUUUGCCUCUUCUUGACCGGGCUCAUGCUUCACAAGUUUGCCGUAACUGGAAUCAGGUAUUUCACAUGCCUGACUUGUGGAGAUGUUUUGAAUUUGAACUGAAUCAGCCAGCUACAUCUUAUUUGAAAGCUACACAUCCAGAGUUGAUCAAACAGAUUAUUAAAAGACAUUCAAACCAUCUACAGUAUGUCAGCUUCAAGGUGGACAGCAGCAAAGAAUCAGCUGAAGCAGCUUGUGAUAUUUUAUCGCAGCUUGUGAAUUGCUCUUUAAAAACACUUGGACUUAUUUCAACUGCUCGGCCAAGCUUUAUGGAUUUACCAAAGUCUCACUUUAUCUCUGCACUCACAGUUGUGUUUGUAAACUCCAAAUCCCUGUCCUCGCUUAAGAUAGAUGAUACUCCAGUAGAUGAUCCAUCCCUCAAAGUACUAGUGGCCAACAACAGUGAUACUCUCAAGUUGCUAAAAAUGAGCAGCUGUCCUCAUGUCUCUCCAGCAGGUAUCCUUUGUGUGGCUGAUCAAUGUCAUGGCUUACGAGAACUGGCUCUGAACUACCACUUACUAAGUGAUGAAUUGCUACUUGCUCUGUCUUCUGAAAAACAUGUUCGAUUAGAACAUUUGCGUAUUGAUGUAGUCAGUGAGAAUCCUGGACAGACACACUUCCAUACUAUCCAGAAGAGCAGCUGGGAUGCUUUCAUCAAACAUUCACCCAAAGUUAACUUAGUUAUGUAUUUUUUUUUAUAUGAAGAGGAAUUUGACCCAUUCUUUCGUUAUGAAAUACCUGCUACUCAUCUUUACUUUGGGAGAUCAGUAAGCAAAGAUGUGCUUGGCCGUGUGGGAAUGACUUGCCCUAGACUAGUUGAACUAGUAGUGUGUGCUAAUGGAUUACGGCCACUUGAUGAAGAGUUAAUUCGUAUUGCAGAACGUUGUAAAAAUUUGUCAGCUAUUGGACUAGGGGAAUGUGAAGUCUCAUGUAGUGCCUUUGUUGAGUUUGUGAAGAUGUGCGGUGGUCGCUUGUCUCAGUUGUCCAUUAUGGAAGAAGUAUUAAUUCCUGACCAAAAGUAUAGUUUGGAGCAGAUUCACUGGGAAGUGUCCAAGCAUCUUGGUAGGGUGUGGUUUCCUGACAUGAUGCCCACUUGGUAAGAACCAUUUUAGGGCAUGAUGAAUACCAUCUUAACUUAAACAAAUGUAUUGUAAUAAAAGUUUAUUUGCUAUAGUUCUAAUUCUAUAUUUUGUGGCACAAAAAUUGCUAUCUCCAGUGAAUAUACACGGAUUAUUUAUUGGAAGACCUAUGAAUAAGUUUUGGUCAGGAAAACUCCAUUUGUUUCUUUAGUUUAAUAGCAAUUAAAUCUCUGAAAAGUACAAGAAAAAAGUGUUUCAUAGUUGAAAGUAAUAACUAGUUAUAGAGAGUAAACAAUUCAGUCUUAUGGAAAUAAAAACCUAUAUAAUAUCCAACAAGUAUAUGCUUAUAGGUUUUUUGAAAUGUUAUGUUCUCUAUGCAUUUUUUAAAAAAUGUAAACUUGACAUUUUUAGGGUCUUCAGUUAUACAUACACCUGUUAUAAGGUGUUUAAUAUAGCUCAGGAAAGUGAGCAUUUUGUGAGAAAUAAUGUAGGAUAUACAGUAUCGUAUCUAAUGAAAAAAGUUGGUUGAAUGUUCUCAAAUGUUACAAGCCUAUUUAAAAUGAGUGUAUAUAAUUGGAACACUUAGAAAACUGUUAAAUGUCACACAGUGAUUGUAGAAAGACAACACACAGAGCCAAGAUCAAAUUAAAAUAAAUGGGAUAGAAGGGAGGCAGGUAUUUAGCUUUGUAUAAACUUUUAGAUUUCCUCUAUAAUCUGCAAAAUCGUGUAAGUUCUCUUUUGUGAUAUGUUACUUUGUGUGUGGCACUUGAGGCACUGUAAGUAAAAUAAGGAAUGCCUUA